AGCACGGAAGGAGCCAAUAUCCUCUUCUGUUAAAAAAACAUUGAAUUUGUCAUAAUGUCAAGCUGAUCGUCGCCAUAAACCACAUCUGAGAGGAUAGUUUCAGCGACGGAGAAGGUGAAACAGCAAAGCCGUUGAUGGAAACCAGAGAGUGCAUGACUAAUACUGCUGUCAUGGAGAAUGAGCAUGACAUGGAAGCCCAUGGCGAUGGCACAAUCGAUUUCAUUGACAUCAAGGAAGAGAUCGUUGAAGAUGAAGAUGUCCAUAGAGUUAAAGAAGAGACUAUUGAUGUAGGGGAGGAGAAUGACUUCUUUACAAAGACUGGAGAUAGAGUGAAUAAAAACUAUGGUUGUCUGCCGUUUAAGGAAUUCAAAAUCAGCGUUAGUGAUGAAGCAGUUCGAGAUGCUUUGGAAGGAACUCUUGCUGAGACAAAUGAACAAAAUGCUAUUUUCAUAAAGACUGAAGAUAAAGUGACUAGAAAGCACGAAAGUCCUUUGUGGAAAGUUGCCAUAAACCCUGGCAUGGAAGUUGAUGAUGAUGACUCAGAGGUUUUGAUGUGUGAGGAGGAAAAAGACCCAUUGUUGUCAGUGGAGGUUGUUGGCGAUUGUGGAAAUAAAUUCUUGUCAGAUGGUGAACGGGCAACACAUAUAGAAGAUAAAGAAGUUGCUGGAGAAGGGAAACGUUUCGGUUGCGAAGUUUGUGGCAAGAAAUUUAUGUACAAGAGCUGGCUGCUGGAUCAUAUGAGAAGACAUACAAAAGAGAAGCCAUUUAGUUGCAGUGUUUGCAGCAAGUCAUUUACUUGGAAAACGGAUCUGAUGAAACACACAAGGACACAUACAAAAGAAAAACCUUAUAAAUGUCAGACGUGCGACAAAAGCUUCUCAGAGAAAGGUACUCUAAUGUGUCACAUUAGAGUACAUACAAAAGAGAGACCUUAUCGUUGUGAGAUAUGUGAUAAAGAUUUUUCUAACAGAGGGAACCUAGUGCAGCAUACAAGAAUACAUACACAGGAGAAGCCCCAUGGCUGUGAGGUAUGCAGCAAGGCAUUCUCAGUGAAAAGUAAGCUCUUGAUACACAUGAGGGUACAUACAAAGGAAAAACCAUAUUGUUGUGAAACAUGUAAGAAAGCCUUUACUCUGAAGUAUAAUCUAGUGCAGCACAUUAGAGUUCAUACUAAAGACAAGCCAUUUCGCUGUGAAGCCUGUAGUAAGUCGUUCGCAUGUAAACGUUAUUUAGUGAAGCAUAUGCGAUUACAUACUUAGAAGUGGAAUAGUAAGCAGUGGUCUGGCUAGGGCGAUGAUUUAUACAGAGAUAGCUUAAAGGACA